GUCUAGAGAUGGAUUUAGUUAGCUGCAGGCGUCUGAACAAGUCUGGACCACAUUCACAGAGGCAAACAGCACAAGCGAGGAGAUGUGAUUUUAUUUCUCCGGUGAGAGGAUUUUGAAGACUGGCCUGACUGGAGAAGUCAAUCGGCAAAUGCUCGCGCAUCGCUCACGAGCAGUUUGAUAAAUGCGCAGUUGGAAAUCUUUCGACUCGUUCUCCGAAGAAAUUCAGGCUUGUUUAAGGAAAUGUGGCAUACCAUGCUUCAAUAGGACUGUGUCAUCUGCUGUUGCACGUUGGUCUUCUGGUGACCCGUCCUGAGCGGAAUUGAAAAUGUGGUGGUUGCAGCGAUGGAAUCUGCUAGCUGCUGUAUUGCUGUGUCUCCCUAUGUUGUCUACAGCCCAAGGCCAGUGCAAUGAUGUCAGUGCAGCAGAUAUUGUGUUCCUUGUGGAUGGAUCAUCCAGUAUUGGCCGGGCCAAUUUUGUGUUGGUUAAAAGUUUUAUGGCAGGAAUUGUCAAACCCUUUGCAAGGGCAGUGGGAUCCGAUGGCAUCCGCUUUGGUGCCGUACAGUACAGUGAUACUGCCAGGGUGGAGUUUACCUUCACUGCAUACCUGAAUGGCACUGAGCUCAUAACUGCCAUAGAGAAUAUCAAUUAUAAAGGUGGAAACACACGCACUGGGGCUGGCCUUAAAUACAUUGCAGAUAACUUCUUUAACCCUGCUUCUCUCAGAGAUGUACCAAAGAUAACUAUUCUCAUUACUGAUGGUAAAUCUCAGGACAAUGUAGAGGAACCUGCUCAAAAACUACGUAAUUUAGGAGUAAAAAUAUUUGCAGUAGGUAUAAAAAGUGCUGAUGCAAAUGAGCUGAAACUUGUUGCCUCUUCUCCUCAAAAUGAGUUCACGUCCCAGAUUAGCAAUUUCAAACUUCUCAGCUCUUUGCUGCCCCUAGUGUCUCCACGUGUUUGUACAGCGAGUGGGGGCUCUUACUUAAAUGACGAGACCUACAGUGGUCCAUCAGACUUACAGUUUUCAGGAGAGACCACAGAUUCUUUAAGAUUUCGAUGGACGCCUGCAGGAGGGCCUGUGAGUGGCUAUGUUGUUCAGUAUAGGCCCCUAACUGCUCUGGGUCAGCCAAUCACAGCAGAGCUUCGACAGGAAACAAUAGCCAGCAGUUCGCGGAGCUAUACUGCACGAGAUCUGCGCUCAGGCACAGAAUACCUGAUCACCGUUAUUGCUCAGUAUCCCAACAGCUUGGGAGAGUCGGUGUCUGGCAAAGCCCGAACAAAGCCACUCCCGGGUGUGUCUACACUACGACUGGUCCAAGCCAGCUAUUUUACUCUCGCUUUGGCUUGGGAUCCUCCAGCUGAACGAGUACAGGGCUACAAAAUCACCUAUGUCCCUACAGGUCAGCCGGCUUCACAGCUCUCGGAACAGUCUGUGGGGGCGGAGUCUAGUUCUCUGACUUUGCGUGAUCUUAAAGCAGACACUGAAUAUGUCAUCAAUUUGUACCCUCUGUUUCCCCGCGACAGUGCCUCACCAGCUACCUUGACUGCCCGCACAUUACGUUUAGAGGGUGUCCAGCAGCUGUCCGUUGAGACCGUCACCAGCAACAGCGUUCGAGUCCGCUGGACGGGAGUAGAAGGGGCCAAAGGCUAUAGAGUCAUCUGGGGUCCUUUUACAGGAAGUGAUGUUGAGACCAUCAAACUUGGAGGUGAUAGUGAAUCUCACACUUUGGAGAAUUUGCAGCAAGACACAGAGUACAUUGUUACAGUCAUCGCCCUGCACAAUGGAGAUGAUGAAGGACCUGCGGCCAAUGCCCGCUUUAAGAUUGAACUCUCAGAGGAACAGAUCCUUAGAGCUACAGCUACAGGACCCACCAGCAUCAGAUUGAACUGGAACCUAAUACAGAGCGCUAAGGGUUAUCGGCUGGAAUGGAAAGCCGGAGAAAGGGCCAGAGUUCAGAAGCAGGAUUUUUCACAGAGCACGACCAACUAUGAGCUUGGAAAUCUGCAGCCAAACACAGAGUACAUCAUAACUCUAUUCACACUUUAUGAAGGCCGAGAGGAGGCCACAUUCUUUUCAACCAGACCAACAGAAGAGCUGCAAGUCGGACGUGUCACAAACCUAAGAGUGUUGGAGACGCUUGGAAACAUUGUGCGAUUGGGAUGGAUUGGGGUCGCUGGAGCCACGCAAUACAACAUUGUCAUAGUUAAUACACAAUCUAAUACAGAAGUGUACAGAAGAGUAUCUGGAAAUCAGACCACACUGGACCUACAAGACCUUGAAGAUGGUGUACGCUACGCUGUUAGCGUGACUGCACUAGUUGGUUCCAAUGAAGGAGAUCCGUCGACUGUGUAUAUUAUAGCGGAUCAACCACUGAGGGUAACCAACUUGCGCGUAGUCAGCACCAACAGCCGACGCGUCAGGAUUUCAUGGACCGGUAUUUCCAGGGCAACGGGUUACCGGGUUACUUGGAGGCAAGGCAAUGGUGCAGAACAGUUUCGUGUCCUGGGUGGCGAUAUCACCACCUACACUAUUGAUGGGCUGCAGCCUGAUGUAUCUGUUGUUAUGAACGUUUCCCCGGUGAUUGAUGGGAGGGUUGGGGAAGCGGUCACUGUGACUGCUAGAACCGUAGGCACUGUCGGAACGGUCACAGGGCUGCGAGUCACUGAACACUCAUCCUCAAGAAUACUGUUUUCUUGGGGUUCUGUGAAUAGAGCAACAGGCUACAAAAUUACCUGGCGGCGUAGCGACGGUGUGGAAAACUCUGAGAAUGUAGGUGCUGAUGUCACUUCCUAUGCCAUUGAUAGACUUCAGGAAGGUGUAACCUACCAAAUAUCAGUUUCAGCUCUUGUUAACUCACGGGAGGGACCUGCUUCUACACUAGAAACAGAACAGGCCACAGAUGGUUAUGUCACCAAUUUACAGGUGGUGGAGGCCCAAGGUCAGGUCGUCCGUGUCAGCUGGGUCGGAGUUCAAAAUGCAACAUCGUACAGAAUACUCUGGAAGAGGACUGAUGGUGGAGAGGAGAGGAGUCAGCUGGUUGGUGGCAAUGUAACAUCAGUGGAUCUGAGGCAGUUAGAUGAGGGGGCACAGUAUGAGGUCAAGGUUUUGGCUAUUGUCCGUAACAGAGAGGGACCACCUGUGUCCGUCAGAGUAACCACAGGGGGAGUGGCACCACAGGAUACAGUAGUAGAAGGCUUUCGCGUGUUGGAUUCAAGCCAUGGAGCGUUUCGUAUAACCUGGAGACCACUGAGGGGAGCCACCGCCUAUCGAAUCUAUUGGAGCUCUUCACAAGGUGAAUCUGAAACAAGUCGUCUAAUUAGUGGGGAUGCAACCUCAUACACUCUGGAUGGACUUCGGCCCGGCCUGAUCUACACCAUAAGAUUCACUGCCUUGCUGCAAGGUAGAGAGUCCAAAGCUGUCACCAUCCGAGCAUCCACAGAUCCCUUGCCACCCGUGUCCAGUUUCAGCGUGACGGACAGCACUGAGAAUUCAGUGCUUUUGGGUUGGUCACCCGUAACGGGAGCCACAGGUUAUAUUUUACGAUGGAGAGAGCACACAGACACAGGACCUGGUCAGUCUGAGACGCUGCCUGGAACAGCCAAUUCGUUUCGUGUGAUUGGUCUGCGUUUAGGCCGUCGUUACCGCUUCACUUUGCAACCCACUUUUCAGAACCACGUUGGAUCUGAGAGCUCUGUGGAGGAGCGCACAGUGUGCGUUGAAGGGCGUUUGGAUGUGGUCUUUCUUGUCCCUGCUUCUCGUGAUCGAUCUGGACUGGCUGAAUCUGUGUUGCCUCUGCUUGCCAGUGCUGCUGGAUCAUUCACCUCCAUUGGACCCAGAGACUCUCAGAUGGGGGUGGUGUUGUAUGGUGAAGAUCCAAAAGUGCGCUUCUUCCUUAAUAGUCAUAGUAACAUCGAGAGCCUUUUACAGGACGUUCGGUCCACCCAGUUCAACAUCAGACAAGGAAAUAAUAUAGGCCGAGCAAUGGCGUAUACUCGUCAGUAUCUCCUGAGCGGGCCAGCAGGUCGGAGGACACGCAUUCCUGGCGUGGUUGUUAUUAUCGCUGACGAAAAGUCGUCUGAUGAUCUUAGCGAGCCCGCUGCUGCUGUAAGGGCCGAUGGUGUUACAGUAUUGGCGAUAGGAAUUGGACGUGCGGACCCUGGAGAGCUGCGUCUGGCAGUGACUGAUGGUAGCACUCAAAAUCUGCUCUAUGCCCGGGACGCAAAUCAGCUCUACAGCUUUCAUCCCGACGUGGCAGACCUUCUCUGUGGACUUGCACGGGGGACAGGUGGCACGACUGGGUCUUGUACUGUAGAGUGUCCCAGGGGUGCUAAAGGAGAUCCUGGACAAAAGGGUGAAAGGGGCAGAGAUGGAGUGGAUGGAAGAAAAGGCGAGCCGGGCCGUGAUGGUUUGUCUGGUCGUGAGGGACCCAGAGGCCCAGAAGGGCCACCGGGUCAACCAGGCAGCAGUGUGGGAGUAAGAGGAGAGAAAGGCGAGAGAGGUUUCCCAGGAUUGGAUGGCAGUCCAGGUGUUCCAGGUCGGCCUGGUACCCCUGGUGCAGUCGGACUUCCAGGCAGUCAGGGAUUGCCAGGUGUUAGGGGGGACCCUGGAGACCCAGGUAUUGGAGGUCCCACUGGAUUUAAGGGAGACAAAGGUGACAGGGGAGAACCCGGAUCUGCUAUCGGAGGUGGUUUGCCAGGCCGUAAAGGAGAGCCAGGAAUUCCAGGGAUCCCGGGAACUCCUGGUCGGUCAGGUGUUGAUGGGAGAAAAGGAGAGUCGGGCACACCAGGUCUGUCUGGGCAGGAUGGUCGCCCUGGAUUACCAGGCACUUCUGGACUUGGUGUUAAGGGUGACAAAGGCGAAAGAGGAGAGAGGGGUCUUCCCGGAGUGGGCAGUGGGGUAGCAGCUAAGGGAGAUGCUGGUGAACCAGGAAGCCCUGGACCACCUGGUCCACAGGGUCCACGAGGACUAACUGGACCCAAAGGAUCUAAAGGAGAACAGGGAGAGGGUGUUGAGGGUAAACCAGGCCCCUCUGGAGCGACUGGAGACCCUGGUGAUCGGGGUCCCCGAGGAGCUCCAGGUGAAUCUGGAAGUAAGGGUGACCGAGGACAGGCUGGAGCACCUGGUUUAGAUGGAGCCAAGGGAGACAGAGGCCUACCUGGUCCAGUGGGAGAAAAGGGUGACAGAGGUUCACAAGGCCCUUCUGGACCUCAAGGACUCCGGGGUUUGCCAGGGAGCAGCGGCCUUCCUGGAGAGAAGGGUGCCGAGGGUGCCAAAGGAGAACCAGGGAGCGGCCGUGAUGGUUUGUCUGGUCGUGAGGGACCCAGAGGCCCAGAAGGGCCACCGGGUCCUGAUGGUGCCAAAGGUGAUAAAGGAGAAGGAGGACCAAAAGGGGAUCGGGGUGUUCCUGGAACAGGCGAGCCUGGACAACCUGGACCCAAAGGAGACCAGGGUGAUCGGGGUCCACCUGGAUUAUCUGGAAAACCUGGGGCUAAAGGCAGUCAAGGUGACCCAGGGGAGAGAGGGGAGGCUGGAAGUGCAGGUGCACCGGGGCCUAUGGGCCCAAGAGGGAAAGAUGGACUUAAAGGUGACAAAGGCGAAGAUGGCCUUGCAGGAGAAGCAGGGUUGUCAGGUAAACCAGGAGAGAGAGGUCUAAGAGGAGUACCAGGUCAACCAGGUCAGCCUGGGCCAAAAGGUGACGUAGGGGAUCCAGGGGAAGAUGGCCGAAAUGGCACCCCAGGCUCCGCUGGACCAAGAGGCCCAAAGGGAGACCAGGGAAUACAAGGUCCCCCUGGGCCUCCUGGAGAUGUGAUAUCUGGAGAGAAGCAGUUUAAAGGUGACAGAGGGGAAAAGGGGGAUGCAGGUGACCCGGGAGAACAUGGGGCUAAAGGUCAGAAGGGUGAAGCCGGAUCAGCAGGCCCUAUAGGACCAAGCGGUCCUGAGGGACAGCGUGGACCUCCAGGUGCCAGAGGUGACACAGGCGAAAGGGGCAGUCCAGGAGAAAAGGGAGAAAGAGGAGCUGCUGGUUUGGAUGGGCGACCCGGUCAGGAUGGGAAACCGGGGCCGAAUGGAUCUCCUGGAUUACGGGGUGACCCAGGAAAACAAGGAGAUCCUGGCAGAGAUGGCUUGGCUGGGCUCAGAGGACCCCAGGGACCUCCAGGGCAACCAGGGACUCCAGGAAAUGAUGGCUCACCUGGCAAAGCAGGGGAGGAUGGGAAACCAGGUCUGCCAGGAAAAGCUGGUGAGGAUGGCGAGCCAGGAGAAGACGGUCGCAAGGGAGAAAAAGGAGAAGCAGGGGCUGCUGGAAGAGAUGGUCGAGAUGGAUUAAAGGGCGAUCAGGGCAUUGCAGGACCCAGUGGCCCACCUGGUCCCAUUGGACCAACUGGGGUUCCUGGCAGCAUUGGACCACCAGGACAGGUGGUCUAUGUUAAAGCGGAUCCAGCACCAGCUAUUCCAGGCCCGCAGGGCCCUCCAGGAGCCCCUGGUGUUCCUGGAGUCCCAGGAUCAGCUGGACCUAGAGGGGAGAGAGGUCUGCAAGGUUUGAAAGGAGAUGUGGGGGAUCCAGGGGAAGACGGUAGACCUGGAAAUCUAGUGGACGUGAAGAAAGCUUUUUCAGAAUUUGGCAUUGAGAUCAGAGAACUGAAAAUAUUGCUAGAAGACAAAAGCUUGAUAACACUGGGGGAUGCAAAGAAAGGUGAUAAAGGAGACAGUGGACCUAGAGGCCCUCCAGGAGCUGAUGGUUCACGAGGUCUUCCGGGUGAGCGAGGUUCAAAAGGAGACCAGGGUGAAAAAGGGCCUCCUGGACCACAAGGUCCCCCAGGCAGGGCAAUUGGAGAGAGGGGCCCAGAGGGCCCACCAGGACAGGCAGGCGAACCUGGAAAACCAGGAAUACCUGGAGUACCAGGACGAGCUGGUGAACUGGGAGAAUCUGGCAGACCUGGGGACAAGGGGGAGAAAGGAGAUAAAGGGGACAAAGGACCAGCUGGUCCUAAUGGAUUACCUGGUUUAGUUGGAUCUCCAGGACCAAAGGGGGAUUCUGCCACCACUCUAAAUGGUUUGCCUGGUCCAAGGGGUCUGCCAGGCCCACAGGGCAUAAGAGGAGAGCCGGGUCCAGUAGGACCCUCUGGGCCCUCUGGAGAACGGGGCUAUUCAGGUGCUCGUGGUGAAAAAGGAGAAAGAGGACCCAGCGGAGAGAUUGGGAAGGACGGCCCCCCAGGAAAUGCGGGUGAGCCAGGAAAACCAGGCCAGGAUGGGAAGCCGGGCUUGCCUGGGUUCCCAGGAGUGCUGGGCAGACCGGGGAAUCCAGGAGAACCGGGAAUAAGAGGACCGACUGGUCCAAUGGGUGGAAAUGGACCCCCGGGGGCUCCUGGUGUGAAGGGUGAUCAAGGAGAGCCAGGCAUUGGAAUCCAAGGCCCUCCUGGACCUCAGGGCAACAGAGGGUUACCUGGAACCGCAGGCACUCCAGGAGCAAUAGGACCACAAGGACCACCUGGGCUUCCAGGACAAGUGGGGGAGGGUGGCAAGCCUGGAGUCCCAGGGAGAGACGGUGUUCCAGGAAAAGAUGGUCUGCCAGGACUACCUGGAAAACAGGGUAUUGCUGGAUCCUCUGGCCCCCCAGGAUCUAAAGGAGAGCAGGGUGACAGCGGCCCACCAGGAAAGUCUGUCACCGGACCCCCUGGAAUGAAGGGUGAGAUGGGUUUUCCUGGUCAGACAUUGCCGGGUAGCAUUGGAGAAAGAGGCCUUACCGGAUUACCGGGGCCGAAGGGAGACAAGGGCCCGGCAGGUAUCAAAGGAGACAAAGGUUCAAUAGGUGAUCCUGGAGAUCCUGGGGAGAGUGGAGAGAGAGGACCAUCAGGACCAAAAGGAGUCAAAGGGGAGGCUGGAGUGGGCAUGACUGGACCUCCAGGACAGCUUGGGCCUGUUGGAUUAAAGGGUGAUCCUGGCCUUCCAGGUUCUCCGGGUCCUCCAGGGCCACGUGGUUUGGAUGGGACACCAGGACUGGCCGGGCAGAGAGGUGAAGCAGGUCAGCCAGGACCUCCUGGAGCACCAGGAGAAAGGGGUCUCCAAGGAUUUAUAGGCAAAGCAGGAAACCCUGGAACAACAGGACCUGUUGGACCACCUGGACCCCCUGGUACUCCAGGACUUGCAGGACUUAGGGGUGAUAAGGGUGAAAUUGGUGUAGGAGUGCCAGGUGCCAGAGGAGAGAGAGGUGACCCAGGACCUCGGGGAGAAGAAGGUCGGGCUGGACUAGACGGCGAAAGAGGCGCUACUGGUCCUGCAGGCAGCAAAGGCAACAGAGGAGAUAAGGGUGAACAAGGUCCUUCAGGAUUUAAAGGAGAGAAGGGAGAAACUCUCCUGGCAGGUGGGCCUCCGGGGGAAAAGGGAAUUAAAGGAGAAACGGGAGACAGAGGACCUAAAGGUGCACAGGGUGACAAGGGUGCCAAAGGACAAGAAGGACCACCGGGGGAACAGGGUCUUAGAGGAGAACCAGGAGAGCGAGGUUCCACGGGCUUCCAAGGAGCUCGUGGUCCUGGUGGUCAGAAGGGGGAAGCAGGUCAGCCAGGCGUCCCAGGAGAAUCGGGUACACCUGGUAAAGAUGGCAUGCCCGGCAUGAGAGGAGAGAAGGGGGAGACGGGCCACGUAGGUCUGCGAGGCCUCAAGGGAGAGCGAGGUCCCAAGGGGGCAUGUGGAUUAAGCGGACCGAAUGGUGACAAGGGGGAUGCUGGGAUUAAUGGCAGACCAGGAUUGCCAGGGAGGAAAGGAGAGCAGGGUGACGUAGGGCCUUCAGGUCCCCCAGGAAGCCCCGGGAAGGAGGGACUCAUUGGAGCCAAGGGUGACAGAGGCUUUGAUGGAGUUACAGGACCAAAGGGAACACAGGGAGAUAAAGGUGAAAGAGGCCCACCCGGUAUACCUGGAGCUCCAGGUCCGAGAGGUACAGAUGGACCCCCUGGUUUAACAGGCCCUCAAGGGCCUGCUGGAGGUAAAGGCCCUGAGGGACUGCAGGGACAAAAGGGAGAACGAGGUCCUACAGGGCCUGCCAUGGUUGGCCCACGUGGCAUCCCUGGCAUCCCGGGAGACAGGGGAGAACAGGGGGAGACGGGUCUUGACGGACCUAAAGGAGACAGAGGAGAACCAGGCAUGACGGAAGAUGAGAUUCGGGGUUAUGUUCGAACUGAAAUGAAUCUUCAUUGUGGUGUUCAGGAUGGUCAGGUCCCUGUGCCAGUGCAGACUUAUCGAGGUCGCUCCUCCACGUCCCCUGAGCACUCAUUAAUCCGUGGGGACGAGGAGGGUCAAAAGCUACGUGUUGUGAUGAACACAAAUGAUCCAGACUAUGAGCACAUUUACUCUAUAGAAACCUAUGAUGAUGAUGCUCCAAUAGUGGACACUGUUGACUAUGACACCACUUUGAAUAAAAGUCAGGGUGUCUCUGUGGAUUCAUUAAAAGAUAAAAGGACAAAAAGAGAAGUUAAAAGUAAAGACUCAUGCAUCAUGCCGAUGGAUGAGGGUGACUGCAAUCGCUAUACUCUUCGCUGGUACUUUAAUUCUGAGGUGGGCGACUGUAGACCUUUUAUCUACAGCGGCUGCAAAGGAAACGCUAACCGCUAUUUACAGAAAGAAGAGUGUGAGCAACACUGUCUCCCACAGUAAGAAGAUUUGUGUUUUAACUUGAAGACAAGACUUGUAAGCAGAUCUGAAACUACAAUAUAUUAAAAGAUAAACCUCAGUGUUGGACACUGCCGAAAUGCACAGAAGAUGUUUAGAAAUCUUAAAGGUAAAGAUUCACAUCAUUGCUUAUUCACAACUGCUCAAGCAAGUUUAAGUAUAUUUUCUUUAUUUAUUUUGUGUCUAUCGAGCUGUUGUUUGACAUAGUGUACUGUCUGGGUGCUUUUGUUAAGAUCAAAAUAAUUGGGCAAAUGGUAGGGUGCAGACUCUGUAUACUUACAGUACUUUAGUCAAAACAGCAUAUCAUUGUCUUUAAUUAUUUUGUACAUGAAAUGAACACAUUAUUUCAGGUGCUAAAACAUGUUAGGUUUCACACUUUCCAAUUCAAGAAUCGAUCUUAGACUGGUUCCUAGAGCAAGUCUAUGUUGUACAAAAUCGUACUGUAAAUGUAGAUCUGUAUUUUUAUUAGCUUGAAAUUCAAAUGAAUGUUCUUGUAUUAGCAGAUGCUGCAUGUUUACUUAAACUCUAAAACAAAUGGUGCUAUUGUUAAAGCUAUUUUUAUAUUGUUGGUUGAUUUUUUUUUAUGUUGUCUUGUAUUGCAUUGAUCGUUCAGUAUUUGUGUUCCACGAAGAACACCAAUUCUGUUUAUUCGGCAACAAAACAGUUUACAUUUUCUUUGUGUUUUAAUAGCAAAGGUCUACUCUUUUAUCUACAUAGGCAUUUACAAUAAACUCACAAUAAAUUUUGGCUUGUUCCACACACA